UUCCUAAGCAUCAUGAAGCACAGUUUAUGAGCUAUUUGUGAUGUAAAUUCUUCAAUUUGCAACAGUUGGAUUGGUGUGAAAUGGUGAGUUCCCACUUUCUACUUUGAACUAGAGUAAGUGGUUGGGAUGCUUACCCUUUUGUGGAAAUGUGUUUCUCAUAUCUAGGCUGUCUGCUGUUGAAAGAAACCUGAAAUGAUGAUAUCGAUGCCUUUGCUUCCCGACUCACCCUCAUCACCACCACUCCCAUCACGCCACGUGUCUUCAACACCGACACUUUCUAUUAGCCUACGGGGUUGUGGUACACCACCAGGCCUACCUACCCCAUGCAUCCUCAUGUGCAUGCAUGGUGCAUACACAUUCCCAAGAUCAUAAUAUCCAUCAUAUCAUGUGCAUCAAAUCAAACUUCACCACAACUCUCAAUGUGCUUUGGGAGUUCAAGCCUCACUUCGACCACAUAUAACCCCUCUCUGCACCAAAUUAGCAUUACCACCUUCUCUUAACUUGUCCCUCUUUCGCUCUCACACGAAAAGUGUGUGUAUAUACAUGUUUUUCUUUGAAACAAAUGCAUGUAAGGUUUAAAAAAAAGUCUGCAUUUAUGAUUUUGACCGUAAUAUCAAGAUUUCUUUUAUGUGUCUGCGACCAUAGUACAACUUUAGUAGUAAUAUCAAGGUUUUUGUUGUGAUUUUGACCUUAAUAUCACAACUUUAGUAGUAACAUCAAGGUUUUUGUGAUGAUGGAGAGUGGAUGGAAGGCUGAGGUUGAGAUAUCACCAAAUUGUCCAAGGUGUGGUUCUUCCAACACCAAGUUCUGCUACUACAAUAACUACAGCUUAACUCAACCAAGGUACUUUUGCAAAGGGUGCAGAAGGUACUGGACCAAAGGAGGCUCUCUUCGGAAUGUGCCUGUUGGUGGUGGCUGCAGGAAGAACAGAAGAGGUAACAAGACCUUGUUGAGACAAUCCAUUGAUGGUUUCACUUUCAAAACUUCAUCAUCAUCACCUUGUGGGAAUGCUACAUAUCAUAAUAAUAACCCUGUUGGGCAUUCUUAUGAUCCCAGAAUAAGGACUUCUGCAGCUUCUAGCUCCUCAUCAGGGAUGAGUGAUGUACCAAAUAUUGAUCUUUCACUAGUUUAUGCAAAUUUCCUCAACCAAAACCCCAUUUUUGAAUCUGGGAUUGAGAGCAGUAAUCCAGAUCAAGUUUGAACAGCUUUUGAUCCUUCUCU